CACACACUUUGAGCGCUCAUUGAGCAGCAGCGGACACACACUCGGGAGUCCAGCAGUUGCUCUUUUUGGUGCUUUUCUCCCUCCGCAGACAUGAUACCAAAGGCUCGUCUGGGGAAGCGUUCUCCUCUCGGGGCACUUGUGACCUCCACCUGUCCGGGGGCCCACCCGGAGAUGGGCGAGAACGCAGUCAUGAUGGCGACGGGGCAGCAAGCCACAAGCAGAGCAGACGGCCAUCUCGGAUUAAAGGUAUAUUUCCAGUGUGGAGGAACAGGUGACUCUUCAGUCGAUCGUCUCGAAGGCUCGCCUUUUUCCUGCAACAGAUCUGUGUCCUCCUGCAUCGACGUGCCCAAAAGUCAGAGGAGUCCACAUGAGGUGGACAUGAAUGAGCUGAUGGCAGCGAUGGUUCUCAGCAGUUUGUCCUGUAGCCCACUGCUGCAUAGCCCCGCCCAGCCUGACAUGCCAGUAGCUCAGAUGGAGCGUGCAGGCGGCGAGAUCUCUGACAGCGGCUACUGGAGCGUCGGACAUGCCCACAGAAGCCCGGCUCCUUCUCCACCAAUCAAAGAGUCUGACGCCACCCCAGUCAUGCCUCCUGAUGAGGGUGUGGACAUGGAGCUGGACCAGGUGCUAUUUGAUGUGCCAGCGCCACGGAAGCGCAAGAACUCGGUGAAGCUGGCGUACAGGUGUCUGUGGCCGAGCUGCGGGAAGGUGCUGACGUCUGUGGUGGGAAUUAAACGCCACAUCAGGACGACACACCUGUGCCGCGGCGGCGAACAUGAGCGCUGCUCCCGCAGUGAGGAGGAUUUUUACUACACUGAGAUCAACCAAUGGGAGCAUCCACAGCAGCGGUCACCUCCCCAUUCCGGCCUCUGUGGUUCCUCCCCCGCCUCGCCAGCCGCAUCCCCGUCUUCCCCUCCGAGCCCGCCACCUCCAUCUCCGCCCUCUCUUUCCUGUGCCACCCUGAGCCGCUCCGCCCCCUCGUCUUCUGGCAGCUUCUGGCAGGUCCAAUCAGAACACUCCUACCAGGCUCCUCCUCAGAGUCAACACGUGGUGUCAGCAGCAACCACGCCCUCUUGCCGUUGGACAGCCCCGCCCACCACCUGCCACAAACAGGGUCAGUCGUUUCGGGUGCGCUCGGUCAGCGUGGGAGAGCAGUGGCUGCAGCAUCAGAGCGCCCCCUGCAGGAGGAUUCGCGGCGAGGCCAAAAAGUGUCGUAAAGUUUACGGCAUCGAGCACAGAGACCAGUGGUGCACGGCCUGCCGCUGGAAGAAAGCCUGCCAGCGUUUCCUCGACUGAGGCAACAGGAAGAGGCGGGAAGAACGGAUAGGAAGAAGCUUUUCUGGUGGAUAUUUUUUUUACGUUUUUACAUGUGGAACCAGAAACAUUUUACUUCCUGAACCUGGGCGCGAACAUUCGGCAGCUACGAAGAACUUUUCACGUCGGCGCUGUCAGGACCUCCGAGUCUGAGCACGAUUAAACGAGCACUUCACGGUUUAUUCCACUCUCAGGAGCUGCUCUCUGGACUCUUCGUGCCUCUGCAAACAUUUCUGAAGAAAACAUUUUGAAUGAUCGGAGGCUGAACUAAGACCACUCAGAGGUCAGUUUAUUAGGAACAGCAACUCCAUCUUCAUGGAGGUUUUAAUGUUUGCUUUGUGUUCAAGCUGCUUCAUAUAUCACGUUCAGUUUGAGCUUCUCGUGCUGUCAGUGGGGUGGACAAAAUAAACACCUGUCCAAAGCCCGAGAGUGCAAAGAUCUGAAGCCUGUCCUGGUUUCAGUUUGGUGCUACGAGCUGUGUGGGUAAAUAUUCUGAAGACAUUUACUGACAGUUUGUACUAUUUUUUUAUUAUGGAAAUUAUUCAGUGCUGUUGUUUUUUUUUUUAAGCUCACUGCUCCUAAUAAACUGGUUAUAGUGUAUGCAGCAUCUGUGUAUAUAAAGAUAGAAAUAUAAUGAAAUAGUUUUCUCGGGCCAACGCCGACCGUCAGCAGCUUCUGAGCCGUUUCUCUGAGUGGGGUCGGGCACUCAGAGAAACGGCGGCGAGUUUCUGAGGCUGAAAACGUGAUUUUCCAUCAGAGAAGCAGCUGUUUCCGAACGAUUCAUCCCGUCUAAUGUUUGGGAGCUGAAGCCAUUUCCAUCUCUGUGGGAAACACAUGCAGUAUUGAUCUGUUUACACAGAGUUAUCCUAUCUAUAUUUUAUACCUGCUCUUUUCUGAGAUGUACAGAUGAUGCUAUGGGUCCAAAUGUCUGACGUCAAAAAUCAGAUUCUCCUCCACUUAUUCUGCCUGUUUAUGAAAUCCUGUGGAGUGAAAUCGGAUAAUUUUAUCCAGAUUUCUUUUCUACAUGUCGUCAGUCCUGAUGUAUUAAAUAAAGCAGAAAAAUG